AUGAAAGAAGGUGAGGUGACAAACAAUGUGUCGAGAGGUUUUAAUGGUUGUGGUAAUGGUAAAAAAAUUAAAAAUUAUAAGGAGGACCUUCAGGGGCAAAAUGGGAAUAAAGCUCCAGAAAAUUCUCAUUAUGCUCAUUCUUCAAGAUCGGUGAUUAUAAAAGUUUCUAAUGUGUCUCCAUCUGUUUUGAGCUCAGAUUUUCCUACUGCUCCGAUGAUCUCUAUUGUUCCAGCAGUAAUCCCGUUCACAGAAUCUGUUUUUUGUCCCUCUGAUUGUCUGACAGCAGCUCUUGUUGCACCUCUGUUACCGACACCUGUUGUUGUUACGUUUCCUAUGUAA